GAGCCCGGCUCGGCUCCAGCGCGCGGGGGAGCGGCCGGCGGCUCCAGGACAGCCCGGUAAUAUGAAAUCAUAGUACAUGGAAAAAGUGUGGAUACCUGGCUAGAUGGGUGAAAGAGGCUAGUGGAACAAGCAUGUGGGAUCCCAACAAUGCCGUGAAAGCAGAGGAACAGUCUGUUUCAUCAGGAAAGCAGCAACAGCAGGCUAUAAUUUUGCAGAGCCCCACUGAGAAUCAGAAGCCUUCUCUGAGUGGGGAAACUCCUCCCCUGGGUGUCUCAGGGCAGAAACAACAGAAGGCUGAAAGUGAGACAGAAGGACGUGCAGAUGAGGUGAUGGAAAACUCUGUUGAAGAUCAGAACAUCUUUCAGGUACAGAGAACCAGCUGUCCACCUGUAGAGACAAUGUCCUUGCAAAUUAGGGAUAUACCAAACUCUAAUGCAUCUUGCAUCAAUACGGGUGAGACAGAGGAGUCGGGAAUGCACCAACAGGACUCUGGAUUUUCCUGUCAGCACUGUCAGAAACAGUUCACAACCAAACAAGGCCUGGAGCAGCACUUGCACGCCUCAAAAUCCUGCAACACACAGACGUUUAGGUGCCGAUACUGCCGAAAGUCCUUCAACACGCAGUUUGGACGCCGGCGGCAUGAGAGAAGACAUGAUAACUCGAAUAGAAGGAUGGGUACUUUGAUAGUCAGUGCAUCUUCGCAAGUGGAGGGACAGGCGCAAGUCAUGGUCUCUUCAGAAGAGGGUGAACAGAGAGUCGUAGCAUCACAAACAAUUACGGAGUCUCUUGUGCCUGAUUUCGACGGGAAAGGCGAUUCCGAUGAAAGUGGUGAGAGAAAAGCCAAAGCCUCUUUAGCCUGCAGGUACUGCAAAAAAGCCUUUGGAACUCACACCAACCUUCGAAGGCACGAGCGCAGGAUACAUGAGCGCCAUCUCUUACCCAGGAGGCUCUGUCGAAAGGUUGCAAAUUGCCAGGACCUUCCGGGACAGCAGCCUGGUGAGGAUGAGGAAGCCUUUACAAUUGGCAGCAAACAGCGUGAACAAGAGGAAGAGUUCAUGGUUGACAUCUCCAGCAACAUCUCAGAGAAUCUUAGUUUCUACAUCGACGGGAAAAUCAUCUCAACCAGUGCUGUCACCAACUGUGAGAUGAUGGAGGCGAACUCCGGCGCUGCUGCUGCAGUGAUUGGCCUGGAUGCCUUGAUCAUCAGUCCAGCUCAGAUUACGCAAGCUCUUAAAAUAGAUACUAACGACUACAGUACAACCUCUGACCUGUGUGGUCAACCUUCUGGCAGAAGGAGGACAUCUACUCCUCCUUUGCUGCCACAAAUUAAAACGGAACUGGAAUCGGAAUCUAUCUUGACAACGUCUUCCUCCGGACCGACGGUGAUAGGUACGGUUCUUCCACAGCCUUUGGAGACCAUUGUUUUACAAAAAGAGAAGACUAUCUAUUUGUCUCCAAAGCUGAAACAGCUUCUACAGAACCAGGACAGCAGCAAGUCUUUUGCUCUGAUUGGUGACGGGCAAAAACUCUGCCCUCCUUUACCACUGACCCUUGUAUCGGCUGGAACAAGUAGAUUUAAGAGGAGGACAUCGUCUCCAACAAGUUCUCCACAGCAUAGCAGGGAAUCUGGCAUUAAAUCCACCCUACUGAUCCAGGAACAGAGUUCUCCUCCCAAUAAAGUCCAAAAGACAAACAGUCCUAAUACAUCUCCUGAGAUAAGCUUGUGUAAAAAUUAUGAAAUGGAAAAUCUGAAUAUAGACACGACUGGCACUACUGCAAUCCCACAAGUUUUGCCAUUGGACUGCUCUACAUCAGGAACCGGUGGAAGGUCCUGUAACCAGCAGCCACUAGACCUUUCCAAUGCUGUGGGCAAGAGAAACAGCGAGGUCUUAGCUGAUGAAUGUGUCCUGGACCUCAGCACGGGCAGAAAGAGUACAGAGGCUGACCUAACAGGAAGCUCAGCAUCCCAGACAACGAUCAGGAGGAUUAAGCCCAACUCAAGCAUGUUGGAGAAAGUCUUGCUAAGCCAAUAUGCUGCAACUGCUGUGGAUGUCCCACCAGGAUGUGCUGCAGGAGAUGCUGCAACCUUACAUGCUCCUGUAGUGGCAGAUCUUGCAGUAAUGGCUGUAUCUGAGCCCAUUUCAGCCAAUCCUGGACCUGAAAGGGUUGUGUUUGAGUUGGCUCUGCCCUCUCCUUCUACAAUCAACGCAUCUCUUCAUCCGUUAAAUGCUGCUGUCCUACAGACUACCCCUCCAUCCCACAUCCUCUCAGCUCCAUCUUCAUCAACGGCAGUGCCCACUGAGAUACUGCCAACUGUACCAUCAGUAAUAUCCAUACCUAAUCAAGAACUUUUCCCGCUCUGCUCUAGUGCCCAGUCUUUCAUACCUAUAGUGCCCACAACUACCGUAGAAGUUCCUACUGACAAUCCUUUGCCAGCUUUUAAUGUAUCGCUCCCCGAUUGGCUUAAUUCUGCUCCUGGAAGUGUGACCCAUGCACUCAUACCUACAACGGCACCUCUGAGUUUGCAAAGUCCUCAGUUUCUGACAGAUCCAUCUGUGUGUGAUCUAGCGCAAAGAACCUUGGUUGUAGAUUCUGUCUUGUCACCUGAGGCACAGAUAUUUUCCCCCUCACUGUCAGUGAACCAGUCAAACAUUACCUCCUUGAGUUUUCCUCCAAACGUGGUCGUUAUUGAGUACACGGUUGCGCUGGAGUCAACUGAUGCUCCUGCUAUCCUUCAAGCCAAUGCUGUUCACUCCCUUUCUGACCGCAACCCACCAGAUCAAGCUAAAUCAGGAGAGAUUCUUGACUCACCACAACCUCAGGCUACUGCUCAGACUGAGCAGUUAGCUCCUGAACUGCAACAGCCUGGCACUCACCCUGACCCAAUUCCUCAAGACCUGGCACUUGGCUUGCACUCAUCCACUAAUGGAGGCUCAUCUUUAGAGAACCCAGCAACUACUGUUGAACCAUCUCCUUCUAAACCCAAUUUUACAGGAAAUGUCCAGGAGAGCCAAUUGGAGCCUGUAGACCCUUCCAACUGCUCUGUAAACCCUACUACCGAAACUACAGAUGGCUCGACAAUGGACGAUUCCGUCAGCGAGGAAGCUUCAAACCUGUUGCCACUGUGCAAGCACUUCAUGUGCAAUGCUUGCGAUGAGACCUUCCCGUCAAUGAAGGGUCUAAGUCGCCACAUUGGCGAGCACUCAAAAACCUGGCCAUACAAAUGCGAGUUUUGCGUGCAGUUGUUUGAGAGUGAUACUGGCUUAUUAGAGCACCGUUCCAGUUAUCACGGCAUUGGCAAAAUCUACGUCUGCAGGAUAUGCUCUAAGGAGUUUGCCUUUCUUUGCAACCUAGAGCAACAUCAGCGAGAUGUGCAUCCUGGUCAAGAGUGUUCACACACUGAGGUAGAAAAUGGCAAGUUAAGACCAGAAAACCACAACAGUCCAAUAAAGAUGGACACUGAAACAUCAGUGUAUCCAGUGUACCCUACAAAACAAGACCUUGAAAAGACCUACAAAUGUGACCAGACUCCAAAACCAGCUGUAAAAGAAGAGGAAAACGGCAAUGACUCUGACCACACUACUGAGGAGUUAUACACCACCAUCAAGAUCAUGGCAUCAGAAGGAGUCAAACCCAAAGGUACAGAUGUGCGACUCGGCAUUAACCAGCAUUAUCCGAGUUUUAAGCCACCUCCCUUUCCGUACCACAACCGGACACCAGCCACGACGACGACUGCAACGGCAACGAACUUCACUACACACAACAUCCCCCAGACCUUCAGUACUGCGAUUCGCUGCACCAAGUGUGGCAAAAGCUUUGACAACAUGCCUGAGCUGCACAAGCACAUAUUAGCUUGUGCUAACGCUAGCGACAAGAAGCGUUACACCCCUAAAAAGAACCCUAUACCACUUAAGCAAUUCGCAAAAACGCAAAAUGGAGUUUUGUCACCUGCCAGAGGAGUCAACAGUCGACAGAACGUCUCACAAAAGAUCGGACACAAAGUGAAGCUAAACAUGCACAGUAAGAAGAAAUCUAUGUGGGUGCAGAGGAGUAGACACCACGUGGGAAGGAAAGGUUUGUCGGAGGAGCUGGAUCUUUAUGCCUGUCCUCACUGUGGCAAAGAAUUUACCUACCAAGCCAGCCUGAAGAAACAUAUUGUCAUCAGCUGCCCAAUGAAACCUGUGUGCAACAAGAAGUCCAAAAAAAGAAAGGGCAGCGUGACACCAGCGCAGGAGAACAACGGGAGCAUCCGGACACGUGUAGCAGAAGUCAUAAUGAAACAACGCCGAUCAAACCAAGGACAGAAAAUCUUCAAAAAGGCACAAAUCAGUGAAUCUGCUUCUGCUGACAACGCCAAUCUAGCAAUUAAAGCUCAGGACGGUAAGCGGAAAAUUAUAGUGCAUAAUUUUCGGCCUAAAAGGUCUGACGUUCUCUCAGCAACCUCAGCGGUUCACCUCAGUAAGAAAAGCAAACACGUCCUAAUGGAAGGCAUUCAGUCCACACCACAGACCUUGCAGAAGUCUUCCACACUGCAAGGAAAAUCUCAUCAGCAGCCACCCACCCACAGGGUUCACGGCGGCAUUGGCAGGGAAAUAAAGCAGCGAGAGGUAAACGUUAAGCUUCAUCCCCGGACAGAGGAACAGUUCUCAGGACAGAGGGGGAAAGAAAGGACGGAACGGCCUAUUACUCGCAGUCUCCAGCAGGUCAAUACCACAGUGAACACUGUGGCUAAUGCUAACAACAGAAAAGCUAACACGAUUACUCUAGCCAGACACCCAGUCCAGACAGACAGUCGGAAUAUCAGUGCAUAUUCUGAAGUAAUCGAUUCAAAGAAAUAGACAACGUAAUGUAUCUAAGAAUACAUUUAAGAAAAUGGACAAGAAGCUAAUUAUUGAUUUAAAUCUCAAAAGUUAUGUUUUAUCUGUAAAUACUGUAUGUUCCAAAAAAAAUAAGUGGUAUGACCUUUUGAUCCGAAAACUUUAACACUGUAGAAGAGACUGAAUGUGGAUUUGAUGAUUUUAUGAAGAUGAUUUGUUGAUGGUUUUUUUUUUUUUUUUGUGAAAUAUGUUGCACAUAUUGCUCUUUAAACCAGGGUUCUCGUUUCUUUAUGAAUACUUUCAAAUUAUGUCUUAUAACUAGUAUUACAUUUAAAAAUGAGAUUUCAACAAAGGCAUCCAUAACCCAGUCAAUCUUGUGUAAUUAACUGAAUAAGUCAUUUUAAGGCAUCGUUGCUUAUUCCUAUUUCUAGUUUAAGAUUGGGAAACCUCUAUUAGAGGGGAAUUGCAGCUUGCCACAAAAUAGCCUUGGGUCCCAUGACUUUUGGCACAUCCUAUGAAAGCUAAAAAAAAAAACCCACAUGUGACACUGUGGAUAGAGGAAUGCUAAAUACCCCCCACACUUGUACACAAACUUGUACAGGUGUCAAAAGUUAGAUUUUCCUAAGCCGCUCUCUCAACUAAAACUUAGCAAUCAGUUUGCAUACUGCUGUCCCAUGACUAUUGGCAUGCCAGGCAUGUCAAUGUAAAUCAUUUGGCUAAAACAUAAGUAAACUUACCCCCAAAAGCCGUGAAUAUGGUAUUGGCAGUGAAGGAAAGCUAAUGGCCCUAAGCUACAUUGGUUUUAAUAUAAUUAUUUCUGCGUAAUUCAAACUGGUCUCAAACCUUUUAAGCUUAUAGUUAUUAUUAUUAUCAUAAUUAGCAACGUUAGCAUGUUAACAACAUUCGCAAAUGUUCAUAAAGCAUGUCUGAUCAAUGUGGUUAAUCUGUCUGUCCACUGUCUGUAUUUCUCCUUACCUAAUCCAGAACAUCCUCAUAAAUACCUAAUAUAGUUAAUAUAGUAUAUCAAACUUGGACAAUACUGAUGUUCAGCCUCAACAGAGUGACAAUAUCAAAAACAAUAGUAGCAUGACCAAAACGCCGGUCCACAGGCUGGGUUACUUCUGUUUCUGGAGUGCUUUUUUUUGUGUGCAAAAAAAAGAAAAAAAAAAACAUCUGGAUAUUUAUUUACACUGGAAAUUCCCUUUGUUCAAUUUUUUAUAUGUUUUAUUUAUUGUUCUCAUGCACUUUAUAGAUCACUGUCUGUGUUGUAUCAGACUAGUUGCAAUGCUAGAUUAUUAGUGACAUAUUUCAGUUGUUUAUUUAAGGAUAAGGUUUACUGUUAGUCAAAAGAAUAUUUAUAUAUAUACACAGUCAUAUCAGAAUAUUAUGGCCAUCUUUUUUGUAGUCCUUUGUAAUUCUAUUAUAAUUACAGACUGUAGUCCUUUAUCUGUUUCUCUGCAUACUUUAUUAUUAUCAUUCUUUAUAUGCUCUGUUCUACAGAGUUACAGGGGAAAGGGGUGAAAUCUUUUGACAUUUGCCAAUAAACAGUAUAUAUAUAACACUGCUUUAUUACCAGACUAUGAAUGGUGGUCCAUAAGCGGCCCUGCCAGGCUAAUGUGAUACCAAGCUGCUGCCGCUUAACCAAGUUAUAAGGCGCACUAUCAAUAAACCUUUACUGGUCUAUUUUCAUACAUAAAGCGCACCGUAUAAUAAGAUGCAUUAUGGGACACUAGUAAGGAACAGGAAUUUUGCCGUGUUUUUGCUUCUAAUUCAGCAGUUAUCGCCGGUGGGUGGUGGUGGGGGUUAACUAAGUUAAGUAAAGCUAAGCUAAGUAAAUAAUAAUAAUAAUAAUAAUAAUAAUAAUAAUAAUAAUAAUAAUAAUACAAAAACUAAACAAUAAUAAUAAACAAAACUUUAAUUCUCAAAAAAAACAUUUUCUUUUAAAGUCAAAUGAGUGCUGGAUAUUAAUCUACACAGAUUUCUCUCCUGAAUACUGUUUAUUUGGGUGAGUAAAGCGCUUCCAUUUAUUUACAUUAAGUUUACAUUCCAGAUUUCUACUAAGGCUAAGUGCAGCAGCAUUCGCAUUAGCAUUAGCGGCUAAUCACUAGCGCUAGCCGAAUUUAGCACUAGUAAAUGCAGUUUGACAGUGCUACACUGAGGAAACCUGGAGUGGUCCAGUAAGCCAGGCUAAUAUUAGCUAGCGGUUUAUCCCACGUAGCUUGCUUUAACACGGUAAACGUGCAGACUACAGAUAUACUCACCUCUGAACGGCAAAAGUGCUAGCGCUUAGCAUGAUUAACAGCUUAUGCUAAUGCUGCACCAGCAGUGCUUGCCAGGGUUAGCAGCAAACUACAGUCCAAUAUACUCACCUCUGAACGAAAAAAAGCUAGCGCUUAGCGUAGUUAGCAGCUAAUGCUAAUGAUGGUGCUCCAGCCUUAUUCCUGGAUAACUAACAAGGUGCACUGUCGAUUUUUUGGGGAAAAUUAAAGGAUUUUAAGUGCACCUUAUAGCGCAAAAAUAUGGUAGUUAACUUUAGGGCUUUAUCAUAUUUCUUCAGAAAGGAAGCAGGUGGUGCAUCAAUUAAUUAUUAUAGUCCAGUCUUUAACUCCUCCAUGAUAGGGAGCUAAAACUAGCUUAUAUUAGCUUUUAUUUUUAUUUUUUUUUCCCAUUCCACCUUAAACGCUCUGCCAUCUGCCAUCUGUUACACUAUUUAAGGUGGAACAGGAAAGCUAGCUAGCUAUUAAAACGAACUACUAGCUUUUUUAUGCUCGUAUUUAAAACUACAUAUUACAUAUGUAAUUACAUAUUACAAACUACAUAUGGUAAUAUAGUGGUUAUUGUAUUUUUAAACAAGGAAAAUACUAAAAUAAUCCCUCUGUUUGGAGUGUUCCUCUAAAAAAUCUAAGUUUGAAAGGACAUGUAGCCCUUAAACUUCUCCUAACCUACCCCUCCAGCCUAACAAGAAUCAGGACACACUACCCCUAGAUACAGGACUACGGUCUGUAAAUGUCUUAUGUGAUCAGUGAAGAAACAAAGAGACGGUCAUAAUGUUAUGAUAUGACUGUAUGUACUGCUCCUCAUUCAGUCAACUAUUCGUAUUUAGUUCAGUUGAUGAUUAACGUAUUAAUAUGCUGUAACUGAUGUUCAUUUUCAUAUAUAUAUAUAUAUAAAUGUGGUUUGCUGUUAAUAUGCAGUCUACUCUCCUAAUGGGCUAAUGGGUUAGGGCUAAUGCAUGCUGUGGUCUCACUGGAAAUGAAAGCAUGCCACUUAAGCUUCUUCGUAACACGAGAAAUUGGCAUAAAAUAUCCCAGUAAACAGGCAGCCGCCCCAAUAAUUAAUGUCAAUAAGCUUAUUCAGAAUUGUUGAAUAUAUAUUUAUUUAUUUGUCCUGCUAAAAACAGAGGUAUAUUUAUUUAUAUUUAUUUAUUUUGUUCAUUUCAUAUUUACUAAUAUGGCUUUUAAUUGAAUUAUCAUCAUAAUUCAUUAUGAUAUCUAAAAGCAUUUGUGGUUCAAUUUAAUUGAAUAGUUGCAGCAGUGAUGUAAUAUUAAAUUUUACCUUUAAUGCUUUAAAGGUAUGAUAUGAUUUGCACAAAAUGCUAUUUUUUUGUACUGUAAUUAACAUCACUUGAAAAUUUUAAUUAAGAAAAGCCUUAAAGGUUGGGAGAAACUGCAUUUGUAUUAAUCACUGGCAUUAGACGAUCAAAAAGCGGUAAAACUAUAAAUAUACUGUAGAUAUACAGCUCUGGAAAAAUUAAGAGACCACUUCAGAGACUUUCUGAAUCAGUUUUUCUGAUUUUGCUAUUUAUAGGUUUAUGUUUGAGUAAAAUGAACAUUGUUGUUUUAUUCUAUAAACUACAGACAACAUUUCUCCCAAAUUCCAAGUAAAAAUAUUGUCAUUUAGAGCAUUUAUUUGCAGAAAAUGAGAAAUGGCUGAAAUAACAAAAAAGAUGCAGAGCUUUCAGACUUCAGAAGUUCAUAUUCAUAAAUAUUCAUAAAGUUUUCCACCAAAUCAAUAUUUGGUGGAAUAACCCUGUUUUUUAAUCACAAUUUUCAUGCAUCUCGGCAUCAUGUUCUCCUCUACCAGUCUUACACACUGCUUUUGGAUAACUCUAUGCUGCUUUACUCCUGGUGCUUGGUCUGAUAGCUUGUGUUCAUCCAUCCUCCUCAAUUUGGUAAAAUCAUAGAAAUCAUUAUUUAAAAGUGGUCUCUUAUUUUUUUUACAGAGCUGUAUAUACUGACAGGCUAAAAGUCAUGGGACAGUAUAUUGGACUAGUAUUGUAUAGCAUGACUUUUGCCAAGUCCUGUGGAAAUUAAAGAACAUUGAAUUGACCUGUGGGAUAUGUGUCUCCAGCGUAUCUGUUCAAGCCAGAUGCAGCCGGUCACGAUCAUUAUGGGUGAUAAUAUUAGCCUUUAAUGGCGUAUUCCGUAUAAAUGUCCGGUACACACGUAACACUGUGGAUUGAAGAAUAUAAUAUACAGCUCUGGAAAAAUGAAAGAGACCACUUAAAAAAUAUGAGUUUCUUUAAUUUUACCAAAUUGGAAUUUAUUGCACCAGAAGUGAGUAGCAUAAAGUUAUCCAAAAGCAGUGUGUAAGACUGGUGGAGGAGAACAUGAUGCCAAGAUGCAUUAAAACUGUGAUUAAAAACCAGGGUUAUUCCACCAAAUAUUGAUUUUUUUAAACCCUUAAAACUCUUAAAACAUUAUUUAAGGUCUGAAAGCCCUGAAUCUUUUUUGUUAUUUCAGCCAUGUCUCAUUUUCUGCAAUUAAAUGCUCUAAAUGACAAUAUUUUUAUUUGGAAUUUGGGAGAAAUGUUUUCUGUAGUUUAUAGAUUAAAACAAAAAUGUUCAUUUUACUCAAACAUAUCAAAUCAGAGACACUGAUUCAGAAACUGAAGUGGUCUCUUUUGGAAUUGGAAGAGCUGUAUAUUAAAUACCUGCAAAAAUUCUCACAGUUUAUGUGGCCUUGCCAUGAGCACACUGGCCACACAGUGUUCAGUCUCCCUCACAACAUGAUAACACCUCACAACUGCAAUACAGGAGUGGGCAUGCUCAAGCAAUCAACUGAAGAAACAAAUCAUGAUGAAAAUCUUUGUAAAAUACUGUCUUUACUGUCCCAUGACUUUUGGCAUGUUGCUGUAAUUUAUGUAAAAAGACUAAGCCUGGUUGGAAUGACUCUUAUUAACUACUAGAGUUAAAUAAGCUCCAUAGAGGCCCACUGUAGACUGAUGGUUUCACUGUGUUGUAUUAAUAGAAUGUACUGGGUUUUAAAGGGUAAAAGAACGGUUUUAAGGGUCUACUGGGUAAUGUUUACAUUAAGGAUCGAUUAUGUAUAAAAAUGGCUGUUACCAAAACCUGAUCAUUUCUUGACUGACUAAUAGAGUGGAAUUCUUUUUUUUUCAUCUUUACAUUUUGUAAAAUUGAUAAAAUUUGAUGAAAUUAUAUCAGCAUUUAUUUGGUCAGUGUAACAUUUAUCAGUUCAAUUUUCUUUUUCUUCAUAAAAAAAAGAAUAUUAGGUGUAAAAAUGAAUUUAAACAUAAUUUCUUUUGUUACUAUUUUGUGUAGUUAUAAAAAAUAGGUUUUCGUUUUUUUUUUUUUCAAGUUUUGUAAAAAAAAUGUUUUAAUAUUUACUAUGUAAUUCGAUAUGUGUCCCUUAAUUGUCUUUAUGUCUUAAAUAUUGAUCCACAAUGUAGAAAAUAAAUUAAAGGUGUCCAAAUUUUGACUGGUACUGUAUAUCAGCAGAUAAUGGAGGACAAAAAAAACUAUUAAUUAAUUAAUUAGUUAUUUUUUUUUUGUGAAAUUCAGAUUGGGAGGGAAACACAAAACUGAACAAAGACAAUUGAAAAAAUUAAUGUAAACUUGUAUCUUCUUAAGUAUACAAAUAAGUAACAAAUAACAAAUAAAUAAAUAAUAGUUUUACACCUAAUUUUCUAUUUAUUUUUAAAAUUGUCAGAAAUAAUGUUACACUGACCAUCAGUAUACAGUAUCAACAAUAUACACUAACAUAAUAAGCUAAUAAUUAAUAUUAGUCAGAAACUGCACUGAAUGACUGCUGAUAUGAUUUUAUCAACAGUAACGUUGAAGCUUUGAUGUGAGAUUAUUUGGUUUAAUUCAGAAUUCGAGGUUUUUGCAUCUUGUCAAUCAGCACAAACCGUGAAUCUCCUCUGUCUGCUCUUCUCGUCUGUCUAACCGCCGGCCUGAGACCAGGGUUUUCUGUACUGGGUGAUUUUUUCUGUACUGGUUUCUGGGCCUGAAGGGAAAGCUGUGAUCUACAGGGAUGAAUUAAUCCUGAUUAAAUGAACUGUGUCUGUGGAAAACUGUGUGAUGUUAACAUUCAAACCAUGUCUCUGUUUGAACCUCAGUGCAACUUUUGAGAUGCUGUUCUGUAUGUUGGAAUAAACGGCUCUGUGAUAA